CUCACGCACACUAGAUACACCAUAGAGAUGCAUACAUAAGAGUAGGCGCUCUUCUCAUGAACAUGAUACUGAGCAACGCUCUCACCUAUGUAGCAAAGUAGCUGUGCUCAGCAAACGGAUUGUAACACUUUGACGCGGAUUUUUACUUGUUUCAGACGCGUCUUUUUUCUGAAUUGAGUGGCCUGAGCAGAAUGGUAUCCCUCGUGAAUUACGCGUGUAUUUUCUUGCCUCUUGCUCUCCAUCUGAUCGUCGGCCCCUGUCCCAGCUCUGCUGCCUCCACCAGGAGGUGUCACUCCAUCUAUAAGGGCUUCGCUCAGUGUCUGAUGGCUCUGGGAGACAGCCUGACCGACAGUGCCCAGAAAGAUGAGGACACACAGGAGAUACACACCAUCUGCAAAUCCUGGGAUGAGUUUCAUGACUGUGCAAACGUGGCGAUGGCCUGGUGUCCGGAUGAGGCUUCUGCUGUCUGGGAGUCUUUGCGACAGGAGUCCAGGAAGAUGCAGUUUUCUGGAAACCUGUAUUACAUGUGCUCCAGUCGUAACCAACCAGCUACCAACGCUGAUGCCCUGAGCCCGUCCAACCAGGAAGAGAUUAACCAGGAGUCUCUUAAAGCACACGCCCACUGUCCAGGUCCUGCCUCCUUCUUCUUGCUCCCCUCAUGUCUGUCUUUUCUGCUGCUGUUGCCUAGCCUAUAGACACGACCAGGGUGAAGGGCAGGGAGGAACUCAUUGAGGACAUGUACAAACAGACAGUAUCAUGAAGUCACUCAUAUUUUUUUCUUUACUAAAAAGGAGUUGCAUAUAUUUCUAGCUGCACGUUCAGAUUGACAGCUCCUCAUCUGUAGUGUAUUCAUUUCGUACACACAUCAUCUCUAUGAAUAACUUUACGUGUCUGUUCAAUACUACUGUCCUCAGAUUUUUUAUUCAUAGAUUUUAGAUGUCUAUUACAAUUGGUUUUGUUGCAAAACGCUAUAUACAGUACCUUGCAAAAGUAUUCACCCCCUUGGCAUUUUGUUGCAUUACAACCUGUAAUUGAAAUUGAUUUUUAUUUGGAUUUCUUGAAAUGGACAAACACAAAAUAGUGCAAAUGGGUGAAGUGAAAUGAAAAAAUAACUUGUUUCAAAAAAAUUACAAAUGGAAAAGUGGUGCGUGCAUAUGUAUUCACCCCCUUUGCUAUGAAGCUCUUAAAUAAGAUCUGGUGCAACCAAUUACCUUCAGAAGUCACAUAAUUAGUUAAGUAAAGUGCACCUGUGUGCAAUCUAAGUGUCACAUGAUCUGUCACAUGAUCUCAGUGUAUAUAUACACCUGUUCUGAAAGGCCCCAGAGUCUGCAACACCACUAAGCAAGGUGCACCACCAAACAAGCGGCACCAUGAAGACCAAGGAGCUCUCCAAACAGAUCAAGGACAAAGUUGUGGAGAAGUACAGAUCAUGGUUGGGUUAUAAAAAAAAUAUCUGAAACUUUGAACAUCCCACGGAGCACCAUUAAAUCCCUUAUAAGAAAAUAGAAAGAAUAUGGCACCACAACAAACCUGCCAGGAGAGGGCCACCCACCAAAACUCAUGGACCAGGCAAGGGGGGCAUUAAUCAGAGAGGCAACAAAGAGACCAAAGAUAAUACUGAAGGAGUUGUAAAGCUCCACAGAGGAGAUUGGAGUAUCUGUCCAUAGGACCAUUGCUUAAAGACAAAAAUAAGCAAACAUGUCUGGUGUUCACCAAAAGGCAUAUGGGAGACUCCCCAAACAUAUGGAAGAAGGUACUCUGGUUAGAUGAGACUAAAAUUGAGCUUUUUGGCCAUCAAGGAAAACGCUAUGUCUAGCGCAAACCCAACCUCGCUUCACCCCGAGAACACUAUCCCCACAGUGAAGCAUGGUGGUGGCAGCAUCAUGCUGUGGGGAUGUUUUUCAUUGGCAGGGACUGGGAAACUGGUCAGAAUUGAAGGAAUGAUGGAUGGUGCUAAAUACAGGGACAUUCUUGAGGGAAACCCGUUUCAGUCUUCAAGCGAUUUCAGACUGGGACGAAGGUUCACCUUCCAGCAGGACAAUGACCCUAAGCAUACUGCUAAAGCAACACUCGAGUGAUUUAAGGGGGAACAUUUAAAUGUCUUGGAAUGGCCUAGUCAAAGCCCAGACCUCAAUCCAAUUGAGAAUCUGUGGUAUGACUUAAAGAUUGCUGUACACCAGCGGAACCCAUCCGACUUGAAGGAGCUGGAGCAGUUUAACCUUGAAGAAUGGGCAAAAAUCCCAGUGGCUAGAUGUGCCAAGCUUACCCCAAGAGCUAGAUGUGCCAAGCAUACACCAAGAGACUUGCAGCUUUAAUUUCUGCAAAAGGUGGCUCUACAAAGUAUUGACUUUGGGGGGGUGAAUAGUUAUGCACACUCAAGUUUCUUGUUUUUUUGUCUUAUUUCUUGUUUGUUUCACAAUCAAAAAUAUUUUGCAUCUUCAAAGUGGUAACCAUGUUGUGUAAAUCAAAUUAUACAACCCCCCCAAAAAUCCAUUUUAAUUCCAGGUUGUAAGGCAACAAAAUAGGAAAAAUGCCAAGGGGGGGUGAAUAGUUUCGCAAGCCACUGUAUCCAUUGUUUAGCUGGAAUGGAAUGUUCGUAUCCUGUAUAUUUAACAUAUAAAUUCAACACAUAAUUAAAAAUCUCAUGCUAUAGUACUUGGUUAGAGUUAGGGCUCAUCCCAAAUGGCACCCUAUUCCUUAUAUAGUGCACUAAUUUUAACCAGAGCCUAGAUCUCAUAUUACGGUAUUGAUAAAUGUUUUAAUAUAUAUAUAUUUUAAAUAUUAAUGUGCCAAAUGUAUCAUUUCUACAGUUCUUUAAUAAAAAAUGUAAUUACAUGUCACAUUUGACUGUGUAAAACCUUGCAGUUCUACUCUUUUCUCUGAGAGGGAGGCGGAUACAAUGGGGUCUGAAAUUAUUGAGAGCCUUGAUAAAGUAAAUAAUGAAUGUAUAAAAUAAAUAAUUCAAAUAAUGAACUAUAUUGUAUGCUCCAAAAAUUUGGACAUUUUUGUACUUUAUUUUAUACUAACACAAUUUUUCAGAGAAAGAGAUUUUGUUUAAUAAGUAAUCCUUUUUUCUCAAAAAGGUGGGGGUCAAAAUGAUUGACAUCCCUAAAGAUUCUUAUAAAUAAAGUAGUCAAAAGUUUAGUAUUUGUUCCCAUGUUCCUAGCAUGCAAUGACUACAUCAGGCUUGUUACUACAAACUUGUUGGAUGCAUUUGCAGUUAGUUUUGGUUGUGUUUUAGAUUAUUUAGUCACUUUUAUUAUAAAUAAGAAUAGAAUAUGUUUCUAAACACUUACCAUGAUUACGGGUAAUCCUUAAUGAAUCGUGAUUAAUGAUGAUUGAGAAAGUUACAGAGAAUCAAAGAUCAUAACUCCAAGACAUGCUAACCUCUCACCAUUAGCAAUAACAGGGGAGGUUAGCAUGUCUCAUUGCUCAUCUUUAUCAAGGGUGUCAAUUAUUUCGGACCCCACUGUAUAUCUCGUUUUGCAACCAAAAUGUAUUAUUUGUCUCUCUGAAAUAAAACCAUCUAGUGAUAGGUUUCAAACAAACACAUUUCUGUAAUUUAACAACCGCAUGUCAUGAUAAGAUGAGGAAGAAACACACCACUCUUUCAUAAGUUCUUGAAAAGAAAAAAGCUAAUUUACAAACAUUUCUGAAAAUGGAUAUACAGUGUUUUGGAAUGAAACUGUUCAGUUGAAUAGUAUGGUUCCAGGGGAUGCUGUCUGGGAGAGCUGAGGUUAGAAUGUAAAUGAGCACAUAAACCUCAAACAUCUGGAACCCAAGACAGAGUCUUCAAGCCUUACCAGGCAAGGCUUAACAGCAACAUCUCAAACACUGCAUCCUAAGUUUGUCAGGUUGCUAUUCAAUCAGAGAGUACUGUGGGAUGUUUUGUAGCAUUGAAGGCAAUUUUUUUAAAUUUAGUUUGAGACUCACUGAAGAUUACUGAGAGGAUUACUUAGAGUAAAACCUCUAAAACAAUAGAGCUCACCUGCAGGCAAGCAUAAUGAAGUAUACCCAGGUCUAGGCAGUUUGCUGCCACUGCUCAACUGUGCAGUCAUCCCGUGUGUUUAAUACAGUGUUUAUGAACAGAUAAACCACUUAACUUACAUUCAACAUCACUUCUUAUUGUCUGUUAUCUAGCUCAAGUCUAGACUAACCUAGAAUUAUAUUUAGUUAUUUGUGUUGAAGAAAUAUGGAUGAACGAAAUACAUAAUGUAUUUCAUUAAUAUUCAUAUUUAUGUACAUAUCAAGCAGAGACCCUGGGGGAAUAGGAACGGUAUAGAAAUAAGCUAGGUUUUACUCUAAAGGACUUGUGUUUUAUAAUACUAAACACCAUGAGGAUAACCCCUGUUUGACUCCAUGACAUGAAAAGUUAGCUGCGUUUAAAACCUAGUACUAAUUGAAUGUACGUCUGAGAUAAACUACCAUGUUAGAAAUGUUACUGUACCUUUUAAAAAGGUCAUGUUUUCCACUUGCUUUGCCCUAUUCAACAGCUUUAGCGGUCAAUUUGGAUUUGCAGUGGAUUUGCAUUUUUUAUUGGCAAUUAAUCUUGUUUGCUAAUGCAGCAAAGUUAUGUGGGAUAGUGAGGGAAGCGGUAGUAAACUGGAGUGAAAACCUGAAGAAAAUCUAUUUUCAUCUGCAUUGUAAAAUAUAUCAAGUGGAUUUAGUUGAUUAUUAACUACAUUUAAAUAUUUAAAGCAUAUUGUCUGUCUAUGACAUCAGCUAACACAGCAACAUUUUAGGUUAGUGGAUAACACAUUUUAGGUUGUUGGCAAACUCUCUAUUUCAAAAUUGUGUGUGUUUGCGUGUGAGCGUGUGUCUGUGUGUAUGUGUGUGUUGUGUGUGUGUGUGCUCGUAUGUUUGUGUGUGUGUGUAUGUAUCUGCUUGUGUGCAUUGUGCCAGUGUAAUAACACUUGGUGAAUAAAAGCUAUGCCUUUAAUGCCUGCCUCUCUGUUAUCUUGCUUUACAAAAUACUUUUUAAUUCCUGUAUACAUCAGCUCAUAAGCAUCAUUAUUCUUUGCAUAGAUAUGAUGUUAAUGUACCUGAAUUGUAUAGUUCUGAACUAGCAGUUUUAAUAGAACAAAAGUGUUGUGUUAUAUGCUUGGGACUCUGUAUGAUUGGCAUGUACAACUGUGCACUCUUUCUUUUUAUGAUAUGUUGAAAAGGAAGAAACCAUUCUGUCUGUAUUCUCAUUGUACUAUAUUGACCAUACAUCUCUCAAAGAUAGAAGCAGAUGAGACGAAGGGUGCAAAUUCAACAGAUUAUAUAUUCCUCCCUUUGAAUAUGUGAUACUGUCAUCCUAAAGGCGGUCCAUCAAACAGAAUGCUUAUUUAGAGCCCCGGGGAUGAAUAAGCCUCUGAGGGACAUUCAUCUAUGGGGUUUUUCCACUGUGGACAGACCACACACUGGACCAAGUUCAGAGAUACUGGGCUUCAGAGAACAACAUCUCGAUAUAUGUCAUUCAAUUCAAUAGUGUGUAUUGACAAUCUUCAGUAGAAGCUUAUCUUUUGUACAGAAAGCCAUCCACAGGGUGUUCCAGAGUUUUCAACAUUGGUUCAAAUUCUUUUCACUUUUACUAUGUGUCUGUCUGUAUGAAGUAUGUUUUGCUACAUUUAUAAAUAAUCAAUAAAAUGGUGAUGACUGAUGCUGAAUCUA